CCCCAGCGCGGGAUGCGGGCGCGGUCCCGAGUCUCCUCAGUGGCUUCCAGCUCUGUGCGUACCUCCCGAGAGCGUCCCAACGCCCGCAGCCUGUUUCCUGGAAACGUUCCCCGGACUCAAGCCCCAAUUUCCUGCAGCCUGCCAAUCCCUCGGGAACGUUCUGACGCCCCCCGGGGAACGCCCCCAGCAGCGCGACACUGUCUCUGGAACGCUCUUAUUGCCCGUUGUUGCAAGGUGCACAGCAGCGGCGGGAAGCAUGCGUGACUACGACGAGGUGAUCGCCUUCCUGGGCGAGUGGGGACCCUUCCAGCGCCUCAUCUUCUUCCUGCUCAGUGCCAGCAUCAUCCCGAAUGGUUUCAACGGUAUGUCAGCCGUGUUCCUGGCGGGGAUCCCUGAGCACCGCUGCCGGGUGCCGGACUCUGCGAACCUGAGCGGCGCGUGGCGCAACCACAGCAUCCCGCUGCAACUGCAGGACGGCCAGGAGGUGCCCCACAGCUGCCGCCGCUACAGGCUCGCCACACUCACCAACUUCUCGGCCCUCGGGCUGGUGCCGGGACGCGACGUUAAUCUCACUCAGCUGGAGCAGGAGAGCUGCCUGGACGGGUGGGAGUUCAGCCAGGAUGUCUAUGUGUCUACCAUCGUGACCGAGUGGAAUCUGGUGUGUGAGGAUGACUGGAAGACACCCCUCACCACCUCCCUGUUCUUCGUAGGCGUGCUCUUAGGCUCCUUUGUGUCUGGGCAGCUGUCAGACAGGUUUGGCAGGAAGAGCAUCCUCUUCACAACUAUGGCUGUGCAGACUGGCUUCAGCUUCCUGCAGAUUUUCUCCACCAACUGGGAGAUGUUCACUGUAUUAUUUGUCAUCGUGGGCAUGGGCCAGAUCUCCAACUAUGUGGUGGCCUUCAUACUAGGAACAGAAAUUCUUGGCAAAUCAGUUCGUAUUAUAUUCUCUGCGUUAGGAGUGUGCACAUUUUUUGCAAUUGGCUAUAUGUUGCUGCCACUAUUUGCUUACUUCAUCAGAGACUGGCGGAUGCUGCUGCUGGCGCUGACGGUGCCGGGGGUGCUGUGCGUCCCGCUGUGGUGGUUUAUUCCUGAAUCUCCCCGGUGGCUGAUAUCCCAGGGAAGAUUUAAAGAAGCUGAAGAUAUCAUUAAAAAAGCUGCAAAAAUGAACAGCAUUACUACCCCAGAAGUGAUAUUUGAUUCUAUGGAGUCACAGGAGCUAAAACCUCUGAAGCAGCAGAAAGUUUUCAUUCUGGACCUGUUCAGGACUUGGAAUAUUGCCAUAAUAACAAUUAUGUCUUUGUUGCUAUGGAUGCUGACUUCAGUGGGUUACUUUGCUCUGUCUCUCAACACUCCUAAUUUACAUGGAGAUGCCUAUCUGAACUGUUUCCUCUCUGCCUUGAUUGAAAUUCCUGCUUACAUUACAGCAUGGCUGCUACUUCGAAGCUUGCCUAGGCGUUAUAUCAUAGCUGGGGUACUGUUCAUGGGAGGAGGUGUGCUUCUUUUAAUUCAAGUAGUUCCUGAAGAUUACUACAUCUUGUCCAUUGGUCUGGUGAUGCUGGGAAAAUUUGGGAUCACCUCUGCUUUCUCCAUGCUUUAUGUCUUCACUGCAGAGCUCUACCCGACCCUGGUCAGGAACAUGGCUGUGGGGAUCACAUCCAUGGCCUCCAGAGUGGGCAGCAUCAUUGCUCCCUACUUCGUUUACCUCGGUGCUUAUAACAGAGUUCUGCCCUACAUCGUCAUGGGUAGUCUGACUAUCCUGAUCGGAAUUGUAACCCUUUUCUUCCCUGAAAGUUUUGGGACAACUCUACCAGAGACCUUUGAGCAGAUGCAGAAAGUGAAAGGGUUCAGAUUGGGGAAGAAAACAAGAGAGUCAAUGGAGACAGAAGAAAAUCCCAAGGUUCUAAUAACUGCAUUCUGAUGAAAUAUCUACCCCAUCUGGUGAACUGGAAAAGAGAUACAUAAGACUCUGUGAAGAAACAAAAGCCUUUCCUGCUGAAAUGGAUGGAUUAUAAUGACUAUUAUAACCACUAAAAAAGAUCCUACUGAGAUACCCUUGUCAUAUAGCAAACUUUAGACCACUCUUCCGGAUAAUCCCCUUGUUUUUAAAAACAAACCAUUUCCAGAGAAUGGAAACCAUUUCCUAAUUAAUUUGAUGAAAUAGGUUUGUAAGAUUUUUUUGUGUGUGUGUUAGUCAAGGACUGGUAAAAUCCAUAUAAAGAUUAACAUUGAUUUCCAAGCAUACAAGUACUAUUUAAAUAAGUUUAUUGUACUAAUACAACCCUUAGGUGACAGUGUGCGUGCACGUGUGUAAGUGAAGAAGCAUAUUCAAAAGUAUAGUAGCUUUUGAAGGGCAUGCUUACAUACUGCAAAAACCAAAUUAUUAGAUGCAGUAUUCCUAUGCAGAAAGUUUUAUACACUCCUUUGAGAUAACUGAUGGCAGAUAAUAUCGUUUUACAAGACAUGCAGCAAGAGAUCAAGUAGCCUGGCUCAUAUGGCUCGUCUGCCUUCAGGAAGGGAGCCAAGGCUACAAUUUCAGCAGCUAUACCUCAUAGCCUAUUGAAUGGUCCACAUUUGUAGUGCUCCUUGUGAGCACGUGACUAACCCCUCCAUUUCAUAAAACUGACUUAAGAAAUAUUUUUCUGGUAAACAGAUAAUCAGGAAAACUGCACCAACCAGUUGAAUUGAUACAGAGAUGGUUUGUAUGCCCCACAACCAAGAGGAGCCAGCACCAAGGAAGAAGACUCAGAGCAGUCUGGAAAGUCUAUUAAAACCCAGUUCUUUCCAUGAAUACAUACCUUCUUAAGCAUGGUAUUCACCUGUAUCCUCUCCAGCCAGGUGUGCACCAUGUCUGCAAUGGCGGAACCUCAGUUCCACAAAUGAGCAGUGUAAAAGAAAAAGCCACUAAUGGGAUAAUGUAUUACCAUAAGGUCAAAAAAUAAAUGUCAGCUAUCCAUCUCACCAUGUGUUAGGUAUGCUGAGAUGGUAACAUAGCAAGAAGCUCCUCCUGGAGACUUGAAGCAGCAUCCCUUCGUUGUUUAAGUGGCACCCCUGAAAGCAGCACUGACACACGUCCAGUGCUAUAGGGUACUGCUAGAAAUAGGCAGGUGCUGGUUGUUUAUAUGCUGCUUGGUGGCAUCAUCUCCUGAAAAUAAUGAUCUUCAAAAGCAAAUGUUCAUUAUCAAACUGUUUUUCAAAGGAACCUUUGAUGUAACAUCUUGAUAAACUGUUCUGAUUAUUUCAAGACCCUUAUCUUGAACUUUCUGGUUAACUCAGAAUUUUUUCUCUGUAUUGCCCUAUUUUUACUAUAUGUUUUAUAUAAGAGGCACAGACACACUGAUCCUACUUUGUGAUUGUUGUUUUAAAACCCAGUAGAAUAUCUCAGAAUGGUUUAUGCUUUCUCACUGGAGACACAGGAGCACAGCCUCAGUGC